GUGGUGCGCUGGUCGCCAUCCUUACGCAGACGGAACGUUCGUGUCCUGGCUCGAGGAGGUCUGAGGCUCAGGGGACACAAAGAUGUCGUUUUCUCGUUAAGUGCGACUAGCUGCGGAGUGUUAAGUGUGCAGGUUAUUCAUUGAAGAUGUCAUCUGAAUUGGGUGUAGAGCGGCCAACAACUCUUACCUUGCCCGAGUCACAGGUUGAGCGCCGUGUGCACUUUAGUGAUGUGGGAGGUGCACGUUUGGUCACCCAUAGGCAAUCUCAUGUGUCAACUACUCCUAGCCCAAGAAAGGUCCGUGCUGAUCCUGAUUUCAGACCAAAGCGCAAGAGAUCCAUAAGCUUUUCUUCUACGGGGGAAUUUCGAUUUGGUAAUAAGCGACGCAAAAGGAUUAGAGUUUUACCCUCAAAGUUUCUACUUGGUGGAAAUAUUACAGAUCCUCUUAAUCUUGGUUCCUUAGAUAAGGAAGAAGUUAUACAAUCAAGUGUUGAAGCAAGUGGUUCUGCUGUGUCAAAACGCUCGGGUGCUGUACGAGUUAUUAUCCCGCCAAACAUUAAUGAUCCAUUGAACUUGGAUGCAUCGUCUGAUAAUGAGGACACACUUACGGAUGCAUUGCAAAGACAACUUCGUCGCAGAAGAAGAAAUAGGAAAAGGAAACGGCGGCUGUCAGAACCUACUGUCAGUACUAUUGAUGGCACACUCAUGCAUGACUUGGAAGAGGUUGACAGAGUGGAGACUAAAAGCAUCGACACAAGUGGUGUGAUUAAAACAGAAAUGUGUAGGGAAAUGUCUAUGGUCACUUUGAAGCCUCUUACAAUUAAUACAGAAUCGAGCAUACCACAAGGAACCACCGAUGGAAGAAAGGAAGGUCCUGUUACUCCUACUGGAACUAAACCUUCAACAAGUGGGAUGCAGCGUCCUGUAUUUAAAAAGCAGCGUAGUAAGUGUGAGAACAAGAUUGUUAGCCCAGUCAUACCUCAGCCAGGAGGAGAGCGUAAAAGACACCCCAGUUAUUCCAGACAUUAUGCUGAGAGGCCACACCUUAGUCAACAGAACCUACAGCCUCCAAAGAAGUUUAAUCCCAAGAAUGAACUAUUUCAGUAUGGAAAUUACAACAAAUAUUAUGGCUAUAGAAAUCCUGAUCAGACACCAGAUGUUCGUCUUGAAAGUCUGAAGCGGGAGUGGUUUGAGGGAAAGGAAGUAUUGGACAUUGGUUGCAACAUAGGUCAUGUUACACUGACAAUUGCCAGAGACUAUAAUCCUAAGAGAGUGGUUGGUAUUGAUAUUGAUAAAAAACUUGUCAGUAUUGCAGAGAAAAACAUUAAGCACUAUAUGUGUAAAGGAGAUACAGAAGAAGCAAACUUUCCUAAAUCAUUGCGACUUCUUUAUGGAACGCUAAAACCUCCUGUUAGAGCUGAUGGAACUCGAACUUUUCCCUACAAUGUUAAGUUUGUUCACGCCAAUUAUGUUUUGGAGUCUGAUGAAUUGUUGGAAACGGUGCGGCCAGAGUUUGAUAUGAUCCUGUGCUUAAGCAUUACAAAAUGGGUUCAUCUUAACUGGGGAGACUCUGGCCUCAAGAGAUUCUUUCGUCGCAUUUUUCACAAUCUCAAGCCUGGUGGUAGACUUAUUCUUGAACCCCAAGGCUGGCCAUCAUACAACAAGCGAAGGAAACUAACGAAGCGAAUAUUUGAAAAUUAUAAAAACAUCCGCUUGUUCCCUGAUAAGUUUAAUGACUUCUUACUACACGAAGUGGGGUUUAGCACAAGUGAAAAAAUAACCACGCCCCACCAUGUAUCUCGUGGCUUCCAGAGGCCAAUUAUCAUCUAUACCAAGACUGGAGGGAGUACUAAGUCGAGCCCUGUUGGAGAAGGUGGAUCUAAGGAUGCCAACAUCAAGAAGAUCAACAAAUCAAAUGAAAUUAUACCAGAAGUACUAUCUAAAGUGGAAAAUAUAAAGCCCAAAGAAGUGCAUGAAAAUGUGAUGGUGGAUUCUAAUGCAGAAAAUAACUUCAUAAAGAAUACUGAUCAGAAUAAUGAACACACAAAUAUGGAGAAAAGCAUAUCAGUAAUAAUGAGUGAAGUAAAAAUAUUGGCAAACAAUGGGAAGACAUUGUUUGAAGCACCUGGAAAGAUGGAUAAAUGUGACCAAGGUGUGAUUUUAUUUAGAGAUAGAGAAGCCCCAUACAAACCUGUGAUGCACAGUGCAACUCGGUCAGAACCCACUGUAAAAGUACCUGAAUACCAAACAUUUGGAGUGAAAAAAGGUAAGGAAGUAGUGUCAGAGGGACAGGAGGACUCCAGCAGUGUAGAGGAUACGCAUUUCUGUGAUACUAGAGUUAUAAGAGAAUUAGUAAGUGAAGUUAGUUGUAAGAGACAUUCCUCCAGUGAUACACAAAAUGUUAAUAGAAUAUGUGAAAUGCCUUAUUCGUCAUUAAGUAACAUUAAGGACAAAAGUGAUAACUUCCCUGUUGAGUCUACCAACAAAUGUGAGCCAUGUGCAAGUUGUAAUACAAUCUCGGAGACAUCUUCAGGUAAAGAUGUAGACAAGGAAAAAUGUGCAGCUACAAAUAGAUCUGAAAAAGUCAGAACUAUUUUACCUGCAGACACUAUUAUUGGAAAAGAUUAUGUGAAAUGUGAAGAUACAAAGACUAAAGCAAGACUGAAACAGGAAGGCAACAAUUUGCUUUGUGAAAUGACAAAUAAGACGUGCUGUGACUCUGCAGUUUCACAAAUGGAGAACUCGAAAAAAGAUGAAACGAAAAGCAACAGUGCAACUACUAUCGAGCCAAGUGUUAAAAUGAUUCCAGCAUCCUCAUCUCCACAAAAGAAUGUUUUAGAACCAGACAUAUUGACCCCACUCAAACGUCACUGUGCUAGCAUAACUGAAGAACAGGAUGAAAUAGAGGAUCCCAAUAAAAAGCAAAGACUGGAAAAUCAAUAAAUCAGAAUUGACGAUGCGAAACAUAAUUAGCCAAAUUUGUAGGUUGCAUAUUUGAUUGACUUUACAAGGAAACACAAAAGGAUACAGGCUAGAUUUUACUUGAUUGAAAAAAAUGUGACUGAUGUGUUUAGUAAUUGUACAAAACUCUAUGCUAAUACAAUUUUAAUUAAUGAA